GGGAGGCUUGAGGGCAGGGGAUGUAUGCUUGGGAGUCUGGGGGGCAAGGAACCUGUACAAAUUUCUACAGGGGCUGGGGAUCUAGGGCAAAAUGAGCUUAGAGAGUCUUUGCAAAGGCUAUACCAAGAAUGACAGUGCCCUCUGCAGCCAUGAGUUAAAAUUUCUGUUCGAUGGUUGCUGAGGUGUGGUGUGGCAUGGCACGGCUUAGAAUCCUGUCCCAGACUCAAACGUAUCGGGCUGACAUUCUACAUCUGUGUACUAGGAGACCAUACACAUGGGGAGAUGCCAAGAGCCUCACAAUCAGUACAGUAUUCCCUCCCCUGCCCAAAGGCUGUCUUCUCAGCCUGAAAUUCCACCGUCAGACAUGUUAGCUUAAGGCUUUGACUGUUGUUAAACUCAUGGGAGUGAUAACACUCUAAGCCACUGUUGUUGUUAGGUACCGUCAAGUCGGUUCUGGCUCGUAGCGACCCUAUGGGACAGACUGGAACUACCCUAUAGGGUUUUCCAAGGAGUGGCUGGUGGAUUUGAACUGCCAACCUUUUGGUUAGCAGGCAAGCUCUUAACCACUGCGCCACCAGGCUCUAAGAUGUUAUCAGUCCCUUAUCCCUCCAUGUGAAUGAGCUGCAGAGAAAAGGUCUUGCUGGGGGAGGCUGGGAGGGCAGGAUAUUGGUGAAAGGGGAAAUCAGUAGAAAGGGGAGGUUGGAGGUGCUAGUAGUGAACAGCUUAUUCCGCAGACUUGUCCUAGCUGGUCCAAGGAUUGUCACCUCUUGCACAGCACACUCCAAGUUCCUGGAGGGCAGAGACCACGUCUUACCCAUGCUGACAUUCCACCACCCAGUGUGAAGUAUACAGAAGGUGCUCAGUGCACAUAUAUCAAGUUAAGUUUCCAAACUAAGAGUCAGUCUGGUGGUCUCCCUUGGAGGGAUCAUUUUCGCAACCCUGGGGAAAGGUGGAAGAAGCUUCCUGAAUGUUUCCUGGUGGCCCCUUGGACUUCUCUGCUCCCUGGCUUCCUCAGAGAGAAAUGGAGGCCCAGGAAUGCCCUCGUGCAAAUGGGUCUGCAAGAGAUUAGGCUUUGGACAAAAGGAAGAGAGAAAUUAGGUGAUAGGCAAAAGGAAGGCCCUGGAAGAAAGCUCGAGCCCGCCCGGAAUGUCCUCUCUGGUCCCAAGGAUGAGAUUCCGACAGGGGGUUGUGAGUGUCUGAGGCAGGAGUGUUGACCCCCUUGUGUGUCAGGGUAGAAGUGUGCUCCACAGGGUUUUCAGUAGCUGAUUUUUCAGAAGGGGAUGCUGGGGGUCUCUCUGCAUUUCUGCAGGGACACCUGGAGCAGCCAGCCCACCCUGUUCACCUUUCACUCUCCUGGUUCAGAAGCUUCCUUGGGGAUGGAGCUGGAGAAGGCGUCAGAGCUGUGGCUGACGAUCAGCUGGGAGGGAGAGCAACAUCAGUGGGUGCCACUCAGGACUCAAACUGCCCUCACGGGCUUGGCUCAUGGCCCCAAUCCAAAGCAAUGACGUCCAGCAGGAAUUCACGUCAGGCCUCUGGGUUAGGUUCAAAAAAAGAUCCCACACACCAGGGCCUGGCCUGAGCGUUGGACAAGGCAAUGAUGUCACACCCCUGCAGUGAAAGAGCUGCUACUAACAGGCCACAAGAGCAGGGCUGUGGGGAUGUCCAGUGCCCGGGAGGUGGCAGCUCUGUGCCAGGCAGGGCCACACAGAGGAGGGUCCUUGGUGGAUAGGCUGACCACUAGCGUGUGCCCUGGUGGGAGACUAUGGAAAAUCUGGCACAAUUUAGGUUGGAGCAGAGAGGAUGGGGGUGGGGCAGAGGAGUGGGGGUGCAGGUUAUAAAAGAUCCUUUCUUCACCCGGCUAAGGGUUUGUCACGUGUAGGAUGAGGAUGCUAAUAAAUGUUAUCUCAUAUAAGUCCUCACAGUCUAGUUAGGUAAAGAAGAAGUUGCCAUUGAGAUAGUUCCAACUCAUGGUGACCCCAUGUGUGUCAGAGUAGAGCUGUACUCCACAGGGUUUUCAGUGGCUGAUUUUUUAGAAGUAGAUAACCAGGCCUUUCUUCUGAGGCAUCUCUGGGUGGACUUGAACCUCCAACCUUUCGGUUAGCAGUCGAGCAUGUUAACUGUUGGCACCACACAGGGACACACCAGUGAGGUAGGUCCUGUGAUUAUCCCAGGCAAGAAAAUGUGUCUCAGAGAGGUUAAGCAACUUGUCCAAGAUCACACAGCAAGGAAGUGGCAGAAUGGAGACUCGAACUUGGAUCUGUACAACUCAAAUCCAUGUACUUAAGUACCAGGCUAGCGUUUUCACUGUGUCUUCCUGGGACAGAACACAGAUCAAUGAGUUUCAAAAGGUUUGACCUUUCUAGCCAAGCAUGCAGUUCAGCAGUAGAAUGGAGGGUGGUGCGUGCCCCAUCACGGCUUGCUCUUCUCCCCAGCCCCUGCCCCUCUGGGAUAUCCUGGGGACACUCAGCUAACCUCUCUGUCUCUUCCUCUUUGUCUGUGUCUGUCUCCCUCUCUCUCCCCUUCUCUUCCCCUCUUCUCUCCCUUCCAUCCUCUGGGUGUGUGUCCUCUGAUACUGGCCUUUGUCUCCUGUCUGUCCAUCUGCCUCUCUCUGUGCCUGUCUCCCUCGUCGUACCUGCCUUGUUCUCUCCAAAGGACCCUCCAGUGGACAUGGGUGGGGCCCUGGGUCUGGCUCUGCUGCUCACCUCAAUCCUGGGUGCCUGGUCAGGGCUGGGCCCAGGUCAGGGCCAACAGGCUGUGACGGUGGCUGUGGUGUUUGGCAGCUCAGGGCCACCCCAGGCCCAGGCUCGUGCCCACUUCACCCCCCAGAGCUUCCUGGACCUGCCCCUGGAGAUCCAGCCCCUCACCGUGGGGGUCAACAACACCAACCCCAGCAGCCUCCUCACCCAGAUCUGUGGGCUCCUGGGUGCUGCCCGCGUCCACGGCAUCGUCUUUGAGGACAACGUAGGCACCGAGGCUGUGGCCCAGAUCCUCGACUUCAUCUCCUCCCAGACCCACGUACCCAUCCUCAGCAUCAGCGGGGGCUCUGCCGUGGUCCUCACUCCCAAGGAGCCGGGCUCCGCCUUCUUGCAGCUGGGCGUGUCCCUGGAGCAGCAGCUGCAGGUGCUCUUCAAGGUGCUGGAGGAGUACGCCUGGAACGCCUUCGCCGUCAUCACCAGCCUGCACCCGGGCCACGCGUUCUUCCUCGAGAGCGUGCGCACCGUCGCCGACUCCAGCCACCUGGGUUGGCGGCUGCUGGACGUGCUGACGCUGGAGCUAGGCCCCGGCGAGCCGCGCUCGCACACCCAGCGCCUGCUGCGCCAGAUCGACGCGCCGGUGCUGGUGGCCUACUGCUCGCGCGACGAGGCUGAGGUGCUCUUCGCCGAGGCGGCGCGCGCCGGCUUGGUGGGGCCCGGGCACGUGUGGCUGGUGCCCAACCUGGCGCUGGGCAGCACCGACGCUCCGUCCGUCGCCUUCCCCAUGGGCCUCAUCAGCGUCGUCACCGAGAGCUGGCGCCUCAGCCUGCGCCAGAAGGUCCGCGACGGAGUGGCCAUCCUGGCCCUAGGUGCCCACAGCUACUGGCGCCAGCACGGCGCCCUGCCCGCCGCGGCUGGGGACUGCCGUGGCCACCCCGGGCCUGUCAGUCCUGCCCGGGAGGCCUUCUACAGGCAUCUGCUGAAUGUCACCUGGGAGGGCCGAGACUUCUCCUUCAGCCCUGGUGGGUACCUGGUCCAGCCCACCAUGGUUGUGAUAGCUCUCAACCGGCACCGCCUCUGGGAGAUGGUGGGGCGCUGGGAGCAUGGCGUCCUGCACAUGAAGUACCCAGUGUGGCCUCGAUACAGUGCCUCUCUGCAGCCCGUGGUGGACAGCCGGCACCUGACAGUGGCCACGCUGGAAGAGCGGCCCUUUGUCAUUGUGGAGAGCCCCGACUCUGGCACCGGCGGCUGCGUGCCCAACACCGUGCCCUGCCGCAGACAGAACAAUCACACCUUCAGUGGAGAUGCAGCCCCCUACACCAAGCUGUGCUGUAAGGGCUUCUGCAUCGACAUCCUCAAGAAGCUGGCCAAGGUGGUCAAGUUCUCCUACGACCUGUACCUGGUGACCAAUGGCAAGCAUGGAAAGAGGGUGCGCGGCGUGUGGAACGGCAUGAUUGGGGAGGUGUACUACAAGCGGGCAGACAUGGCCAUCGGCUCCCUCACCAUCAAUGAGGAGCGCUCGGAGAUCGUGGACUUCUCUGUGCCCUUCGUGGAGACGGGCAUCAGCGUCAUGGUGGCUCGCAGCAAUGGCACUGUCUCCCCCUCAGCCUUCCUGGAGCCCUACAGCCCCUCGGUGUGGGUGAUGAUGUUCGUCAUGUGCCUCACCGUGGUGGCCAUCACCGUCUUCAUGUUCGAGUACUUCAGCCCCGUCAGCUACAACCAGAACCUUGCCAGCGGGAAGAAGUCUGGGGGCCCAUCUUUCACCAUCGGCAAGUCCGUGUGGCUACUGUGGGCGCUGGUCUUCAACAACUCGGUGCCCAUCGAGAAUCCCCGGGGCACCACCAGCAAAAUCAUGGUCCUGGUCUGGGCCUUCUUUGCCGUCAUCUUCCUCGCCAGCUACACUGCCAACCUGGCUGCCUUCAUGAUCCAAGAGCAGUACAUUGACACUGUGUCUGGUCUCAGUGACAAGAAGUUUCAGCGGCCUCAAGAUCAGUACCCGCCCUUCCGCUUUGGCACCGUGCCCAAUGGCAGCACCGAGCGGAACAUCCGCAGCAACUACCGUGACAUGCACACCCACAUGGUCAAGUUCAACCAGCGCUCGGUGGAGGACGCACUCACAAGCCUCAAGAUGGGGAAGCUGGAUGCCUUCAUCUACGACGCCGCUGUCCUCAACUACAUGGCAGGCAAGGAUGAAGGCUGCAAGCUGGUCACCAUUGGGUCUGGCAAGGUCUUUGCCACCACUGGCUACGGCAUCGCCAUGCAGAAGGACUCCCAUUGGAAGCGGCCCCUAGACCUGGCACUCCUGCAGUUCCUGGGUGACGGGGAGACACAGAAGCUGGAGACGGUGUGGCUCUCAGGGAUCUGCCAGAAUGAGAAGAAUGAGGUGAUGAGCAGCAAGCUGGACAUCGACAACAUGGCGGGUGUCUUCUACAUGCUGCUCGUGGCCAUGGGGCUGGCCCUGCUGGUCUUUGCCUGGGAGCACCUGGUGUACUGGAAGCUGCGACAUUCAAUGCCCCACACGUCCCAGCUGGACUUCCUGCUGGCUUUCAGUAGGGGCAUCUACAGUUGCUUCAGCGGCGUGCAGAGCCUGGCCAGUCCCGCGCGGCCGCCCAGCCCGGACCUCACGGCCGGCUCGGCCCAGGCCAACGUGCUCAAGAUGCUGCGGGCGGCGCGCAACAUGGUGACAACAGCUGGCGUGGGCAGCUCCCUGGACCGCGCCACGCGCACCAUCGAGAACUGGGCCAACCGUCGCGCGCCCCCGACGCCCGCCGCGCACUCUCCGACCCCCCGCCCGCCCCCUGAGCCCAGUCCCAAGGCCUGGGGGCCGUCCGGUGGCGGCUGCGCAGUCCUGGUGCACCGGACCCAGCAGCCACCAGUUCGCCCCCCGACGCCCGCGCCGUCUCUGCCCAACGACCCCCGGACGCUUGGGCGGCCGGCCUGGGACACCCGGCGGCUAGCGCGGGCCGGGCGCGGCAGGUGGCACCUCUCGUCCUCCGAGCGGCGCGCACCGCCGGAGAGCCCCCUGUCCCCUGCGCGCUGUUCCUACAACUCCUUCCCGCGAGGCGACCGGGCGGGGCGCCCCUUCCUCCCGCUCUUCCCGGAGCCUCCGGAGCCCGAGAACUUGCCGCUGCUUGGGCGGGAGCAGCUGGCCCGGCGGGAGGCUCUGUUGCACGCGGCCUGGGCCCGCAGUCCCCGUCCGCGCCACGCCUCCCUGCCCAGUUCGGUGGCGGCAGCCUUCGCUCGGCCCAGGUCGCAAUCUGCCGCGUGCGCAGGUCCUACCUGCGCCUGCCGUGACGCCCGCCUGGCCUGGAGGCUCCCGGCGCCGUCGCUCCGGCUGCCGUCCUACCGCGAGGCGUGCCGGGGGGGCAUGCGGGAAGGGACCCCCACCUGGCCGCACGGACAGCACGCCUGCCUCCACGCCCAUGCCCACCUACCGCUCUGUUGGGGCGCUGUCUGCUCUCAUCGCCCACACUGUGCCAGACAUGGCCCGUGGUUCCCUGGAGCCUGGGGGCCUCAGGGGCACGGGGGCAGGACCGUGGGGCUGAGCACAGGCUACAGGGACAGUGGGGGGCUGGAUGAGGUCAGCAGUGUGGCCUGUGAAAUGCAUGGCCUUUCAAGCCCUUGCACAUGGAGGCGGUUCUCCAGCCUGGAGUCGGAAGUGUGAGGUCCAUAGUGGGGGUGUCAGUCUCUCUGGCUUCCAGCAGCUGGACUCUGCCUUGCACUGCCAGGGUUAGUGGGCAGGCAGGCCCCAGCUCUUCCAGCUUCUGCCAGGAAUCCUGGUGCUGGGGUCCUGGGACCCAGGAAUCCUGGCUCUGAGGCACUGGUGACAAUGUUUUCCAGGUCCCUUCAGUGGCCACAGCUGCCUCAGGUCCUGGCGUGGGCUGGGCUGUUGCUGUCCCCUCCCUGUGCAGAGCCCUCCUACCCAGUCUGGAGUCCUGGGAAGCGGUGGUGUCAGAUCCACCAGGGUCUCCCUGCCCUGGUGUGAGCAGGUGCCUGGCAUGGUGGCUGCGGGCUUGAUCUGGAGCUCAGGGCUGGAUGCAACUCGGGCUGGGCAGGGCUGUCCUGCUCCUUGCUCCACCCUGCUGGAGUUUGUUCCCAUCAGAGCACAGGGCA